AAGUUAUCUCCUCCUAUCAACUGCAUUUGUUCUCCUCAUCUAUUAUCUUUCAUCAUGGGCCAAGCUUUAGCUGUCGUUAAAGCUGUCCAGAGUUUUGAUGAUAAGUCCGAAGGAGAAAAAGAAGCUAACGACGCGCUGAACUGCCUUGUCACCCUCGCUCAAAAUCGUUUAGACAGGUUCUACAGACGUAUAACUUCACCUCAGUACGAUCCCAAGACGAUCCCUAUCAGUAAGGUUCUUUACCGCUACCAGUUCUUCCGCUGUGGCGUAGACAAGAAUACAGCUUCAGUCAAGGAGGCAAUCACAUGUAUGUUUUAUCUAUCCAGCUUGUAUAAGCGGUUAGCUAACUUAAUCGAAGCAUCUCUUGGAGACUUUGCCACUGGAGAUGUAGUAUGUAACUCGAAUGGGACUUUGCAGUCUCAUCCUAAUUCGAAUAAAUAUUAACAGGUAAAAGGUUUGACAACACUCGCCAACUCAUCCCUCGACAUUCUCUUUGAUAACUAUAAUGCAAAU